UUUAGAUGGUAGCAUGGCGGCCACUGACAAGCAGUGGUUCGUCGGGGAAGACGGAUGUUUAUCCGUUGGGGAAACAGUUACAGGUGUAACGUAUCAUUCGUCUCUUAAUUCCAUCAUUUUAACUACAAAAGAACCAUCUUUGAAGAUAUUGGAUGCAACAUCAGGGAUAGUUUUACAGAAAUCUGACCUAUCGGUUGGACAGAAACAUGGAAAUCUGCAGUGUGUUUACUUAUCAGAAAAAGAGAAAACUGUAUUUUGGGAUGUCCAGGCCCUGGGGGUCAGGAAGGAUCUCAGGGGGGUGCUGCUCCUUGACACUGCUCUACAGAUUCCUGUCAAGCACUCUGAAGAUAUUGUCAAGUGUGAAUUACCGCUAGUUGAGGCAGGACAGCUGUUAAAAGCAUUGAUGAAUGCUGACCUGCCAGGAGUGGACAGUGUGGAGGAAGUCCUAAAAGAGUUAGAGAGAGGUGUAGAAUCUGCCCACGAGGCCACCAAAGGAAACCACAAAACAUCAAAGUGGGCUUCAGUGUGUAUCAAACUGCCUCACAUGGUACUGAAGUCUGUGUGUUCUGGCCUUGUAAAUGAGCUAAAACGUAGCAAUGUGCAUAGCCCAGAGCUGUCCAUUGCAUCAGCCAUCAGUGACCGCCUGUGUUACCUGCUUCCCAGCACACUGCCUGAUAUUGGAAAUGGACAUGUGGAGAGAGCUCUCAUGUAUAGUGAAGCUGCUCGUAGGGAAACAUUCACAAAGUGGCCACAUAUGAACUACAAGUGGGCACUGCCAGAUCCCAUGGCCCAGGCUGGAUUUUACCACCAGCCUAAUGCUUCAGGAGAUGACCGAGCAAUGUGCUUCACCUGCAAUGUAUGCCUGGUGUGCUGGGAACCUACAGAUGAACCCUGGUCAGAACAUGAACGUCACUCACCGUCAUGUCCUUUUGUCAAGGGAGAGUACACUCAAAAUGUACCUUUCUCAGUGACCUAUGCAACACAACCUGCUCAGCUUCAUGGAAAUCCCGGUGAAGAAAUUCAUUGUGUUGGAACAACAUCAGAUGAAGACUUCUUUGCAACCUCAACAAAACAUGGAAAUAUAUGUGUCUGGAACAUAAGUCGAGUUCUUCAAAAAUAUUGUCAGUUCAACUUAGAUCCUUCAGAUACUCAAGUGGCUUUGAAAACAGGAUUUCAAACCGAUAAAAUUGGAGAAACCUACAGAAACACUGAUGUCUCAAGAUCACAACAAUCAAGGCAAGCUGAUGAGGAGGAGAGGACACAGCACAACUCGGAAUGUUUUGGGGCAUCUUCUGAGGAUGAAAUACAAGAAAUACCACUGCAUGAUGAAAGUGCAUAUGACCCUACAGUCUCCACUGAGAGGACCAGACCAUCAGAGGAUGUUUUUGUUUCAGCCUUGUGUUUGUUAAAGAAGCUGAAGGACAGUUGUGGGAAAGAUCUUCAUUCAGGAAAUUCAGAUAAGACCCACAGUGCUACACAACCUAGUCUACUUUGUGGUGCAUCACUUCGACAGACAAGAUGUGCACAUAUAGAAGACAAUCAGCUGCAGUCAUCAAUUGGUGAAGCAAAAAGUGAAACUGUACAGUUGAUGAAUAAAGUAAAUCAAGUGGUUAGUGGUGACUCUCCUCCUCGGAUAAUUUCUGACUCUGAGGAUGGAGAUGACUUUAUUCUACCAGAGACAAAGCUUCUGCCAUACCUACUGAUGGUUUCAGUACAAACUAGUAUCAAUACUAGUCAUAUAAGACAACAGUUUGAUUCUGAAUCGAUAGCAAAACCGCCAACUGGGGGUGAGAAUGGUGUUAUCACCCCUCUUGGACUAUCAUCUAUGCAUCCGGAUUGGUCUAUGUUUUUGGAAAAUGAUCCUUGGGCGGAUCCAGAUGUUCAGAUUGUAGGUUUUACUCCAAGUCCAAUGCAAACCUCACAACUCAAAGAUAGCAUUCCAGAAAGUAGUAGCAAGAACAACAAUGAUAGCAGUAGCAGUUCUUUGGGAGUUGACAUGCCAGUGUUGCAAACAGUGAAAAUGUCUGAUGACUUUGAGAAAAAAGAAGUCAAAACACAGUUGCCUUUGAGAGCUGGGACAGUUAUCCAGUGUUUAGACUUACCAAAACAGUUCCAGAGAGAAGAGUAUGAAAUCGCAUCAAUAACACCAUCAAUAGACAAGCAGUAUGUAGUUGUUGUUGUAUCUCCCAAGAAGGACUUAAACACAUCAGAAUCAAACAGCAACACUUCAAAUGGGGUUGCUGAUGGUAGUUUUAAUGGGUGCACAGAACACAGUGGUGGUGGUGGUGGUGGUGGGCUCCUAGUGUAUAAACUCAAAACUGAUGGUAGCAAUACCGUGGUGGAAGAAACGCCAUCUAUUGUCCAUGUCAUUGAGAAGAAAGAAAAUGCUGUGUGUAGCUUACUUAUGUUGCCCCAAGAAGUGGAAGACCAAGUGGAGGAGGAAGAUUGUGGCACACGUGAACAGGACUCAACACUGGACAAUGUUAUGACAAGUCAUAUAAAACCAUGCAGUGUACCUGGCCAAGUGGCUCUCACACUCAUGUGUGGUAGUGUCUGGCUUAUUAACCUGGCAGACAUGCAGUUGCUUGCAGAAAUGCAUCCCCUGGAAGAUGAAAAUUUUAUUUCUGUUGCUUACUGUACAGGGAUUGAACGUCUGUGUGUAUGUACAGACACUGGGAAACUCCACUUCUACCAGAUAUCCGAACAGAGUCCGGAGCUACAGGAUUCUGCAAUAGAGAUGGAAGAUUUAGCCACCAAACAUUCACCGGACACUGAAUCUUCAACAUGUAAAAAAGCUAAAUUUGAAGAUGUUGUUGACCACCCAGUAGGAAAGUCCAGUAGUGGAAUGGAACUAUUAGCAAAGAAACCUCUGGCAGCUGAGACACUGUCAGGACUUCACAGUCUUACUCAGUUUGAGAAUCUAUUCCCUCGCUACACAGCAACUGUACCUCCAUGCUGGAGUGAGAUACAGCAAGAGCAACAGCAACGACGUCAUCCCCAGCACUUACAACAACAAGGGGAGACAACACAGCAUACUCGCACAUGGAAGCUAGCCCCUGACAGUGCUAGCAACACAUGGGAUGAACAUCUUCUGGAGAUAGUACUUCCUCGUCCUUGUUGUGUUGGCCAUGUAGACCUCAAGUUCACUGUACACCCAAUGUGCACAACGCAACCAAACAUUGAAGUGACCCUCCUCAAGCAGAACAUAGGAAACAUUCGUAAACAGUCUCAUGGUUCACGGUCAGUGCAGGUUGAAGUGGAUGAAAAAGUGGACUUUGGUAACCUUGCCAGCGGGGGGACGCAGCAGGAGCACGCCAACAAUGUGCUGGAUCCAGUAUUUCUGGAAAGUCACAAUGCAGAGAUUCUUUGUGGACCGAUUCAGAUCUCUGCGUGCUUAGAUCUGUCAGGAAAUAGUGGACUAGUGUCUCUUACUAGCCCCCAGCUGCUUAACUCCAAACCACGCUCACUUCUCUUGCAUAUUAAAGGUUUCCCAAACAAACCAGAGGAUUCAAAUCUUGCAAAGGAAACUAAAAAGAAGAUGUCAACUCCUGUCGCGUCCUCCUCUAACUCCUCAAAGCAGAAGACAAUUAAGUCUCUGUUUGAGAAUGUGCCCUACAUGCCUGGAGCCAGUGUUGCAGAGAGACUAGCAGCUACAGCACCAAAUAAACAAAAACUCACUGAUGUGAAAGGCUGUGAUUGGAUUCAAGAAAUUUCAUUGACUGUACGAAAAAUGAAAAGAACAAACAUUCCACGAGAGAGACCCCAAAGAAAUGCAAUGAUUGAAAUUCAGAGCUUUCAUGAAAGACUGUUGAAAUUAGUUGCUCUUCCGAGUGAAAACGAAUUGGGUGGAAUUGGUGCUGAACAUGCUCAGAACAUAGCACUGGAUGUGCUGACGUGGGUCACUGCAAUUCAGAUGAAUGAUCCUAUCAAGAGGAAGCACAGUCGCUGUCUGGUUGUUGUUGUGCAACAACAUCUGAGGGACAUUGUGAAGGCAUGUCUGAUAGAUGGAACAAGAACAACAGCUCACAAGUGUUCACGUUUACUGGCGCUACUACUUGAGUAUGCUAAAGUAUCAUCAGAUCCAGACCUGGCCCCAGCCUUCAGUUACCUCAUGCUGCAAGCAAUGAUCAGCUGUCUGCCCUUACUCCCAUGUGCCACAUCUGCCGGGGCCAUGAAGUGGUUCUUUACCGUGUUAAACCAUGUCAAAUGUAUGGAUAUCAACACUGUUGCCAAGACAUGUACAGAACUCUUGUGUGCAAUUGCCAAGCAUUAUCAAGAGAGAGCAGUUCCAUUACAUGCUCUGCUGAAGGCAAGAUAUGGAUUGUAUGGUCAUCCCUUGGAACCAGAUCUAUUUGACCUUGAGAACCCUCAGAGCCUGAAGAAUACUGUCAAACCUAGUGCAUUUCAAAUUGCCAAGGCUAACAAUAUCAGUGCACAGUCUAUGUCAACAACGCCUACAGUACAGUCAGCCCUUGAGGCUACCCGGCAACAGGAUGAGCCUGAUCUUUAUGAAAUGUUGUGUUUAAAUUCUUCACAAGACAAGUCGGGAAAGUCUCCCGUGGAUUAUGCCCGGAAUCAUGUCCUGGGACUGUUAGAGGCUGAGCCACUUCAUUUUACUUGCCAUGCUACCAGUGAUGGCACCAGAGUGGAAAGAAUGGAUGCCAAUGGUAAUACGUCACUCCCAUCCACUGCACCCCUAGGCAUGUCUGGCACAAUAAACUUUGGUGAGAACCCUCCACCUAUCAUCAGUGGCGGCUCUGGCAUGACUGGCAUGGCAAUGGCAGACUCCCUUAAGAAACUUGCCCAGAUAUAUGCCAAACAGUUGCAUCCAAGUUACAAGCAGCUGGAACAAGCCAUCACAGAUGCUAUCCACACCCCAGGAAAGAAAGUAACCAAAGCUCCAGAGCUCUUUCCACCAACACCAAAAACUACACCCAACUUGAUGACUCCAUCUGUUACACCACCAAAUGAAACUUGGCAUGUACAGGUUGUGGCACCACCAUCAGUUUCCAAGCUGAUGAGUGGUGAGAGUGAUAUCAGCAAGCAACAGCAGCAAACAGUUGCCCCACAAACAAUACCACUUUCACUAGCAGGUGGUUCCGGUCAACCAUCCACAUCCCAGAUCCAGCAGCAGACACAGAAAGCUUCAUUUGCUUUUCCCCAAAACCAGGCUCUGUUGCAGCCACCUCCACCCCAGGUCCUUGUCAUUGAAAGGAUGCACUCAGGUGCAAGGCGUUUUGUGACUCUUGACUUUGGAAAGCCAAUUCUUCUGACUGAUGUGAUAAUACCAGCCUGUGUUGACCUUGCAUCACUUUCUAUUGAUGUGUGGAUACAAGGAGAAGAGGUUGAUGGACAGAGACUAGUUGUGGCCUCAGACAUAGGAUUAAGAACUCUUGUCAUGAACAAUAUCAUGCCUCCACCCAUUUGUCGCUACCUAAAGAUUACAACUGUAGGAAGGUAUGGUGCCGGAACAACACGGUCGCGGAUCCCUAUAGGUGCUUUCUAUGGUCAUUGUUACAUCCUACCAUGGGAAUGGAAGGAAUACGUGGAGGACCAGAGUGCCCCCUCCUGCAGUCACUCAGCAGCUCAACUGGAAGUUCAGGGCCAGUCCCAGUUGUUGUCACAACUUGGACUCUUCAUGUCACUUCAAGAGGAUCUUCAGUGCAGAUACAGUCUUACUCGGACUCGCCUGGAGUCACUUCUCAGUGCAGUGGAUAGUAUGCAAUUCCCCGCAUCACACGUUGAGUACUAUUUGAAGAAAACCAAGAAAAAUGAUGAAGAUAAUAGUAUCAUUCAGACAUAUAAUGACUGCCUACAGCUUCAGUUGCAGCUGAACUUGGCUCAAAGAGCAAUUGUCCGUCUGAAAAGAGCACUUGGUAUCAAAGGCAGAGAAUAUGAAGAAAAUAUUAAUAUGAAUACUUUGCUUCGGCAAACAUCAACAGACAAGCUGAGGGUGAUGUUGGAGAACCUGCUUGAUACCCUGCUGAGUAUGAGUACUUGCACUCCUACAAUUCCACAGCCACCCCUGUCUCUGUACAUGGCACUUACACCACAGACAAGUGAGACUCUCUUCAAGAACCUAUGUCUGUUGGGAAGCAGGCGUAUCCAAGUCAGCACAGGUUUACUACUGUCUAGGAUCUGUGGCAGUCAGACAUGGUGGGGAACUUUCUUGGGAAAUAUGCUUCAGGAAUUCUUCCAUUCGGAAUAUACUCAAAUAUUUCCUCAAGACAGAGUAUUUGUGUUGCUGAGUGCCCUUGGUCAGAAGUCCUUGAGUGGUCCCAGCUCAGUCAGCAUUAUGGAAUCUCUACUAGCGAUGUUGGCCAAGGUGCUGUCCCCACUUACAAGUGCACCUGAUACUGCCUCACACAGAAACACAAUAGGUUGUUUGGACUUAUCACUGGUCAGUUGGAUUCUUCUUUUCUUAUGUCGAAACUUCGACAACUCUUUUGGUCUUACACCGGGAGUAGAAGAAGCAGAAAAAGUAAAUCUGAGAAAAGAUGCAGGAACAUGUCAAGCAAACCGAUGGGGUUUCAUCCAGGGUCAUGUGGCUAACAAUCCUUCUCGAAGCAAAUCUCGUUCAGGCAAACUGUACAGGAGGUCACUUCAAAAACGCAUUCUACACCACAAACAAAGGCUUCAUGAUCUGGAGUUGGCCAAGAAGAAGUUUGUUGAGAGCCAGCUUGAAAAGAGUGGAGGUCAGGGUGUGGUGGGGAAGGAGGCUCAGGCCCUCAUGAAGCAGCAGGAGCAGCAGUUUAAGAAGGAGUUGUCACAGUAUGCUUCCAAGCACUUAAAAGACAUUGUUCACAUCCGACGGGCCGAUGCCGCUAUGUUGCAGAAGCUGCCUGGAUGGCGAGAAGAGGGAGGUGCUGCUCCCAAUGGAGGGGAAGAUGAGGCUGAUACUACUCUUGUGUUGCCGCGGGAUCGUUGUCUAGCGGUGGUUAGAGGUCUUAUGGCUCUGCUACUGAGCAUGGACUUCACAUGCCAUGUCGACUUGUUCUUGGUGGCUUGCAAGGUGUUUGCUAGAAUUUGUAACAGUACACGCCCUGCUAUCAGCCUGACGGAAUCCAUGACACAGGAACAACUGGAAAAAUUAAUUCUGCUUGUUGCCAACCAAGAAUUCAACCAUGGCAGUAUCACUUGGGGUGGACCAUGGGCCAGCCAUGCUAUCACUUGUCUACUGCAGGAUGUGCAAGAUGGGGAAAGGCUUUACCCAGCAAUGUCCGGCUUGUCAGCAAUACCUGACGAGAUGUCUGCAACAGUGACAGAAACAGAUGAUAGUCUUGCUCAGAGUGUUAGUCUCCCAACAUUUGAUGAUAGCAAUGGAGAAAUGACAGAUGUGGAGAAUUCCCAGGUUGGGGAAGUCAGUACAACACUGGACAAGGAUUCCUCCAUGAUGGUGGACUUGCUGCUGGAUGACCCGGAGCUGGAUGAUGAUACCACUGAUAAGCUCCAUGAGUAUGUCACUGGAGAGUCUGUCAAGCCGCCUCCUGCUAAUGAUGGACCUUUCCAUGUUGUCUACAUGGGACUUAGUGAUGGUCCAAACCAAACCAUGGAGUUGGCAGACCACAUUAAGUCAGCAAUGUCAGGAAAUUUGACCUCAUAUGACAAGAAGCAGAAGCUGAAGAACCUUAAAAGCAAGUUAUCAGACUAUCUUAACACCUCCAAGUCAGGGAGUGGCUGCCAAGGUCUCUCCUCAGCAUUAGAUGCAAGAUUGGAGCUCGGUCUGGAGACACAAGCUGAACUCAGGCUCAAGGUGAUGCUGUCUGUACAAAUGGACACUGUUCACAGUGCCUACUCCAGUUCCUUGCCACCUGCUCUUUCACUUGCCAGCAGCACAAGCACACCACUGCAGCCUCCUUCCACAGAUGAUGAGUUGUCUGAAGCAAGCAUACAUCCAACACAUCACAGGCUACUAAGUUCCAGUGAGAUGUUGAGUCAGUGCUUCAACCACCUGUUUUCUCAACUGCUGAACCGCCGUGUGAAUCUGGACACUGUCCUGCAGUUGUGGCUGACAAUGAAUGAAGACAGCUCGCAUGAUGACACUCCACUUCAUACUAGCUUUGAUCCGUCUCGCAUCCCAUCAGUUCCAUUGACUGGUUCAUCAUUGGCUCAUCUGCUAGAAGCUGUGGUCCUUACACCAAACUUGCCAGUGCGAAGCUGGGUAUUUGUCUUUCAAACACUCUGCCUCUUCUCCAACCAGAGAACAGCUUCUCAAGUGGCUGGACCAGAUGUAUCCAUGGUGAAUGCUGUGCUGAAAGAGAGCAACUUGAUGCCUUUGUUGGUGAAAUUCCUGUCUGGUGUAUCUACUAGUGGUCCAACUGCUGCUAGCAUCUACUAUUCACAGGUAGGACCAUCAGCAACAAAAGCUUUUGAUGAAUUUCUCAGAAGAAUGCAGAUCAAGUCAGCAGAGAGUAGCACUCAGAAUUUGCGAGAACUCAUGCUCAAGCUGGUGUUCACUUUGACUGCAGAAAGAGGUGCCUUCUACAGCUGUAUGGGUCCUCUGGAUGCCCAGUGUAAGUUCCUGGAGUUUGUUCUGGACAUUCAGUAUGGCCAAGUGGAUAUCAGCAAUGCCAUAAGUGUCAUUCAGUCCAUUAGUUCACUUGUUCAUCAGCACAUUAUCUGCCAAGAACGGGUUACUUGUCGUAGCUCCUUCGAGAACAAUGUGAGUGCACGGUCAUGCUUUGGUGGAUUGUUUGCAGGACUUUUGAGAGGUGGGGACACUCGAUCAGGACUUGGUGAUGCCAGUCGCGAUAGGCUAAUGUGUAGUUUACUUAGAUUGGUCAAUACACUUGUUCAAGUAAAUAUACCAAGCAGGAACUCGAGGAACCCAGAAGCUCCUUCACAAGAAAGAAAUGAUCCAACACUGACUCCCAUGUCACUGACAAAUAGACUUUCAGAUGCUGACAAGUUGAGUCAUGUACUGGCUACAUCAACCCCAGUGGCAGCACCUGUGAUGGCAAUACUCUCAGAUGAUGAAAAGGGACACCAAACAGAUGAACAAAAGACAGAAUCAGCGGCUGCUGUAGCAGCAGGAUUGGAGAUGAAUAAUUCUGACUGGCGCCAGCCCUCGGAGACAAACAACUGUGUUGCAGAAAUUAUUCUUACACAUCAAUACAUAAUGCAAAAUUUUCUGCAGACAUUGAGUUUCUGUAACAGUAAUGCCAUGGCCACCCUUCUUGGUAAUGCUGGAGUGCAGAGCCUCCAGGAGAAUUUGACAGGUGGAGAUGUUGUCUCUGUAGGGGACUGUGUAUAUCAGAUCCUUGUCACACUGGCAAGCUGCAACUCAGAUUCAAAGCCAAUGCUGGAUUCUCUUUUCCACUAUCUCUCUGGAAGCACACUCUGUAGGCUCUCGGAGCCGCUGCUAUGGUUCACCCUACGUGUCCUCAACAGUACUCACAAUAUCAAGCAGUUCUUGGAUAUAGGUGGCAUUGAGGUGGUGUGCAGCAAUCUGGUCAGCUGUAACCGCCGUCUCAUCUGCACCAACUCCAGCUUGAUCUCUACCAUCAUGCAGAACAUGAACAAUGGCAGAGCAGGAGCUAAUGGACACAAGAUUAACUCCACAGAUUCAGAAAAUACAGAUGGACUGCAGAACUUUGCUCCCAUGGGCACAGUCUCUUCCAGCAGCCCAACAGCUAGUCCAGCUGAUGUCCUCAUCCAAACGUCACCGCCACAUAGGAGAGCCAGAUCUGCAGCCUGGUCCUAUCACUUCUAUCCUGAUGAAGCCUGGGUUGAUCUUACAAUACAGCUGCCAUUUGCUGUUCUACUGAGAGAAGUGCAGAUUCAACCUCACGGUUCUUCUCUAGCAACUUGUCCAUCCUUUGUAUCCCUGGAGAUAAGUCAUGAUGGGAUGACUGUGACCCCAAUGUGCCCACCACUUAUGACAUCAAGUCUGGCGGUGAUCAAACUUCAACUACAGAAGCUGGAGGUGACGUCAUCUGUCACCAUCCGACUCCACAAAGCUCGGGACUCUAUGACCAUUGGACUUUCUCAGAUUCUACUUAUGGGCUACAGUGCUUUCAGAGAUACUGGUGCUAAACCUGGUGCAUCCUUUUCAGCUGAAGAUUCAGUCUCUCAUUCCAGCAUCGGUUGGAUUCGACUUCUUCACCAUUGUCUAACAGCGUUUGAUGAUGUGGAAGACCGUGUGGCUGCAGCAGCAGCCUCUACACCAAAUCUUCUGACCACUUGCGCCUCCCUCCUUGUGUCACCAACUGCUGUUAUCUACACACCUAAGAUUGAGGCAGUGCUGCUGAAGAUUGGCCUUCACUCUUUACCUAUGGGACUUGCACUCAUUGAUAACAUAUUGAGCAGUCCACCACUAGCCAGAGGAAACAAUGCCCAUCCCUACCUCGGUAAAGUUAGUGGUGUUGCCAGUGAAUCAACUGUGGAAUUACUUUAUCAGCUGGGAAUGGUGCAAGAUUCUGGAACAAAAGCAAGAGUGCAGGCUGUAUUACAAUGGCUGGGAGACAGUGGUCAACAGGCUGUCCAGAAGAAUGCUGGAGGUGGUAGUGAUCCUGGAAGAGAAGCAGGUGGGUGCAUGUGGUUCAGCACCCUGCCUAACCCAGCACCAGCUCAUGUCCACUGUAUUGCUGCAGUCUUGUGGCAGAGCCAAGAACUACCAGUACCAUACAGCUUGGCUGACAUCAUCACAAUGGACCUGGUUAGCUGUUUAUAUGAAUGGUCUACAAUGCUGUCAUCUGACUCACUGCUGAAGAAGUCACUGGACUAUGUCCUUUGUGCUGCAUGCCACAUCCAGCCCGAGUUUUUCACAAUGAUACUUGAGUGGAUGGGAAUAAUCAUCAAUUUUGAUCACAGUAUGAAUGCGUCUAUAUCAGAUGACUGCAAAGACAGUUUUCAGUUUCAUCAAGGGACAAUGACUGAUGAUUCAAAAGAAGCCAGUCAUGUGCCGCCAAGACCUCCAAACUCACCACCUAUCACACUGCAAGAAUUAAGUCACAUGAUGCUGGAUGAAUCAAGACUUGCCACUUUGGCCUUAGUUUGUAAAUCUCCGGUUGCCAUCAAGCAACUCCUGGACUCUGGUUUCCCUGCUGUUCUAGCUCAGUGCUUGUAUGAAUUCUGUAAGAGUGAGUUUGUGAGGAUGUCAGAGAACAAUGAUACAGGCAGCAGCCGAAGUGGAACAAAUGUUGUGUCAGAAGGAAUCACUGUCAUUAAGGAGGAGACACCAGACUUGGCUGAAACAGACAAGUCGUGGUCAUUGAAUGGGCAACUGGUUGCUGCAAUAUUGGAAUUCUUUGCCGAAGUGAGCUCAGAAACAUUGAUGAAGGACUGGGUUGGGAGCCAAGAGGGCAGUGUGUUUUGGACGAUGCUACUCACCAUGCUGUGCAAUACAUACUCACAGACUGCUCAUCCUGGAGUGCAUACUCCACAAAUACAUGUCAAGGUUAUGACUGCGGAGGAACGGUCAGUUCUAGAGUCAUCAGCUGUAGAUUUCUUCACAAGAGUGAUAUCUUGUCACUCUAUCAACCAGCUCUAUUUUGCCAAAGUAUUGUGUGAUGUCAUCCGUGAGCAGGGUCAUGCCAGAACAGGGGCAAUAGUAAGUGCUGUGCCACUUUCUGGCUUCACACGACGCAUCUUACUACAAGUGUUACUGGAAGAUGAACGUAUCUUAGUGGCAUUUCACUGUACUAGUCUUCAGUGCCGACUGCAAACUCUCACUUCGGGCAACCAGAUUCACCAUCCUCAGUAUGGUGCAGGGCGGAGCUACAGAACAGUCAUGCUCAACAUCAACACUCCGUGUGGAGAUGCUCUCAACAAAGUUGCAGAUGCUCCAGUGUUGACAACUCCCUUCCUUGAUGUAAAGGAUGAAAAGACAAAGAGUAACAGUAAUGACGACAAGAUAGACCCCAGUGAGUUAGGGCUUGAGAUGCUGGAAUACCUGUCUAAUGCUGCAGGUAUUUCAGCUAAAGAGCGACGAGAGAAAAGUCCAUCUCCGACAAAGACUGCCCUUCCUCCUCGACCUCCAACAAGGAGAGGCCGACAUACACUGGAGGAUGUGUCAUCUCAGCUGAAGUUUUCCAUGUCAUCACUCCAGUUACAUCACAAGAUCCUCCCAAAUAAGGCUCUUCCAUCGGAGCUGACACUGUCCCAGUUAGUGCAUCUCGUGGAACAGAGAGGUGAAACUGUGGCUUCGUCUGCCAGUUCAUGUCUACAACUUACCAUGCGCCUACAGUCAGCCCGCUUUCAACAGUCUCACACACGCCUCUCAUCUUCCAUACAGGAACAAGAUGUUGGAGGUGCAAUGCCAAUGGAAGACUGGAACAUGAAGGAGGAGGAUGUCCCCAAUCAGGUGUUGCUGUGUUCUGCUACCUUUCCUUCAGCUCUGCAGGUAUUUGCGAGUGUAGGGGGACUUGCUCUCCUUGCUGAACACCUGCCCUUACUGUACCCAGAGAUCACCCGGCAAGCUGCAUCUCCAGAGGCUACAACUGAUAAUAACAAUGUAGCUGACAUUGGUCAAGACUGGGUUACAGUGGAAUCUUCUGAUGAAUUUUAUGAUCCGUAUGUGGAACCAGUUUCUCCUGCCCCAACUGCACCCAGGACUGCCCGCCACUCUUCUACUGGCAUGCCUUCCAUACCUCCUCACUCACUCAUUGCAUUUGGCUUGUUCCUACGGCUACCAGGCUAUGCAGAAGUCCUGCUAAAAGAGAGGAAAAAGGCACAGUGUCUACUGAGACUUGUCCUUGGAGUUACAGAUGAUGGGGAUGGAGGUCACAUUUUAACUUCACCUCUGGCCAACUCCUUACCUACACUUCCUUUCACUGUGCUGAAGUCACUGUUUGAUGCCACACCACUGACAACAGAUGAUGGUGUACUGUUGAGGCGAAUGGCUCUUGAUAUCGGUGCAGUUCAUCUUAUCUUGGCAUGUUUGUCCGUACUCAGUCAUCAUGCACCUCGCAUCACCUCGGGGACAUUCCAGCAGGAGGUGACGUCGUCAACCAACCAUCUUCCACUGAGCCAGACAGAGGAGAAGACACAACACUACUGGGCCAAAGGCACAGGGUUUGGGACAGGUUCGACAACGUCAAGUUGGGAUGCUGAACAGGCGUUAUUGAGGCAAAGAAGUGAAGAGGAACAUGUCACAUGUCUCUUGCAGGUUCUUGGAAGUUACAUCAAUGCUGGUGGUCAGUUACCAAAAGAUUUUGAUAAUGCCAACUAUGCACCUCCCUCAGAAAAAAGCCUUAUUCCAGAAGUCAUGUUGGAUCUGCUCUCUCAGUCCUGCUUGGUGCCAGCUAUAUCAUCCUACUUGAGGAAUGACUCUGUGUUGGAUAUGGCUCGUCAUGUUCCACUAUACCGAGCACUGUUGGAACUUCUUCGAGGCUUAGCAGUCAGUCCUUCUCUUGUACCACUGCUGCGCCCACUGGAGAAGGAUGGUGCCCCAGACUCAGCCACUGCCAUUGAAGUUCUGCUGGACAAGAUGAAAGGCUGUGUUGACACAUAUGCCAGUCGCCUAAGAUCAAACAAGGGCAAAAAUGGUUCUUCAUCCACUACACCAACUCCAGCCAAGAUGGAGGAGGAAGAAAAUGAAGGCCUUGCUCUUCUCAUACCUGACAUUCAGGACACAGCUCACAUUGUCAGAGUAGCCACGGACAGAGUUAAAGAUACCAUUGAUGACACAGACAGCUCAAGUGCGCAGGCCAGUGAUCGGGAUCGUGCUAAAUGUUUCCACACUCUAGAAGAGAAAUACAUGAUGUCUAUGAAAGAAUUGCAGUUUGAUACCUUUGAAAUGGUUACUGAAGAAGGUGGAGGACUGAAAUUUUUGGUUCCUCAUCACUUUGAGUCAAAUGUGAAGGCAGCUGGAGAAAUUAACAGUGCAUCUAGAACUCGGCGUCUUGCACAAGAAGCAGUCACUCUAUCCACUUCCCUACCCUUGUCAGCCAGCAGCAGUGUGUUUGUCCGCUGUGAUGAGGAAAGACUUGACAUCAUGAAGGUGCUGAUAACUGGUCCUUCAGAUACUCCGUAUACUAAUGGAUGUUUUGAGUUUGAUGUCUACUUUCCACAAGAUUAUCCUAACUCUCCUCCAUACAUUAACCUCGAAACAACAGGGAACCACACCAUACGCUUCAACCCCAACUUAUACAAUGAUGGCAAGGUUUGCCUGAGUGUGUUGAACACAUGGCAUGGCCGACCAGAGGAAAAGUGGAAUUCUCAGACUUCAAGCUUCCUGCAGGUACUUGUGUCUAUCCAGUCAUUGAUUCUGGUGAAUGAGCCAUAUUUCAAUGAACCAGGAUAUGAAAGAUCUCGAGGAACACCUUCAGGCACAGCCAGUUCAAGAGAGUAUGAUGCCAACAUCAGACAGGCCACAGUCAAAUGGGCAAUGCUUGAGAUGCUCCGCAACUCUCCACCAUGUUUUAGAGAUGUGAUCCAACGUCAUUUUUGGCUGAAGAGACAUGAGGUGCUGAAGCAAUGUGAGGACUGGAUCACUGAGAUGGAGGCCUACAGUAGUGACAAGAGGACAGGCAGAUCCAUUGCUCACAACACUCUGGCUCUUAAGAGACACUACAAUCAGCUUCGAGAAGAGUUGGCAAAAAUGAAACCUCCAAGUGAAUUUGAAGAUGAAGAUGAAGAGUGUAUUGACCCACAGGGCAAGCACUACUCCACAGACAUGGCAGCAGCAGCCGCAGCAGCAUCCAGUAACCAGGGCCCAGCAGUGGACCACCAGAGCCCGGGCCCAUCUGCUUUCAGCGCACCAGCAACGGCCUCCAUGCUGCUGGAUCCCCUCGGCAUUGGCACAGAGAUACCAGACUGCUAGCAACACCUUCAUACCAGUAACCAGAGUCCGGGGCCAAGUGCUGGCUCUGCCUUCACUGCACCGGCAACGGCCUCCAUGCUGCUGGAUCCACUUGGCAUUGGCAUGGAGAUACCAGACUGCUAGCAACACUGUCAUACCAGUAACCAGAGCCCGAGGCCAACUGCUGGCUCUGCCUUCACUGCACCAGCAACGGCCUCCAUGCUGCUGGAUCCACUUGGCAUUGGCAUGGAGAUACCAGACUGCUAGCAACACUGUCAUACCAGUAACCAGGACCCAGCAGUGGACCACCAGAGCCUGGACCCAUCUGCUGGCUCUGCCUUCACCGCACCAGCAUCGGCCUCAGUGCUGCGGGAUCCACGGCAGGCUGCUAGCAUCGCCCUCAUACAAUAUGUGCCAAAACUCAAGUCAAAGCUGUAUAUAUCUGGUCUGGAACAUAUCUUAUGGCUGUGAUAUGUGCUUGAUUCCACACAGGUAUAGAGACAAUAUCAGGGAAAAACACUUGCUACAGUAACUACUGCUGGCUCUGUGGUUGUAACAAAUGAGUCCUAAAGGCAUAAAAAACUUUCUUUUCACAACCAUUCUGUAACUUUAACAACUAACAAUGAAUGUACUGAAAAUGUUUGGAACUGUUUAACAGAAAUGGAACAGUUUCUGCUUUUAUAGCUCAGGGUUAUCCUAAUUAGUGUGGUUGUAUGUGCUUUUUUAGACUAUUAUUUGGAUUUGUUGUUAAAUUUGAUAACAUACUGUUAAACAUGACCAAGAAUGUAAAUAAUGUGUGUGUGCAUUUAGUAAGGGACAAAUAUGUCAAGUGUAUAGUUGUUACUAUAUUAUGUGUGAAUGAUAGAAUUGAAUGAUUUUGAUCUAAGUAUAUACUUUGUACAUUUAUUGUAUCCUUCAAACAAAUGUUAAAUAUCAAACCGCAUUUGUUAAUGUGAUACAGAAUGGCAGCUUGAUAUUCUUUUCUCUUAUUUCUACUGUGUUCAUGUGUUCUUUUCUCAGCCCCUCUCAUGAGGGUUGAGUGUACAUACCAUGUUGACAAUGUGUUGUUACUGUACUAUGCCACCCCACAUGCUAUCUCAACAGAUGACUCUUCAAUUUGCUGAGACAUCCAAAUUAAAGCCAACCUUAAUAUCAUAGUGAAGAAACAAUAGAAGAAGGGUAGUGGUAGCGGCAACUGGACGAUGUAGAACUGUACGGAAUUAAAUAAAUGCCGGAAAUGUCUUUUCAGUGGGUAACAAGUUCAUGAGCCAUAUAUAUUCAUAUAUAUUCUAAUUAGCACCCUGUGACACUGGACACUUUUAGUUGUUAUUGGAAUUUGACUGCCACCAGUGAUUUUGUAAAUGAUGACUACACAAAGUUAACAUCAAAGAUUAUUCUUAGCCUUUUUCCAAAUAGCCCUGGGGAAUUCUGUUGGCACUCGUCAUGAGAUAUAAAACCUCACAAGAAGUUUUAAUGUAAUUAACAUUAAGCUUCGUAUAUACCUUGGAUGGGGCCCUGUUUUGAUAAAGUUGUGGUGAAGAUCAGCUGUUUGUCAGUUUCGGAGGCAUGGUUACCUCUACAGUUAAGGAAGUGUAUAUUUACAUGUUUCUUCCAAAAUCCAACUACAUAAAAGGUUUAUGUCACAAUAAGUCAAAGUCAGCUUUUUGUGAAACAUGGGGAUAUCAUUGUUACAGGAAUAAACUGUUUUCGUGUUUUUCCAAAUCCUACCACAUCUCAUGUGCUGUGUCUAUCAAAGGCCAUCUUUAAGGUUAUCGUGAAACAUGGUUGUAUCUUUUAUUACCGUUACUGUUGCACAAUCCUUAGACUCGGAUAAUUGUUGGAUCUUAAGAGGUUGUCAUGAUUAAGUAAUGUUUGAACUGGAAGUACAUGGUGGUACAUUAAUAUUUGAAGCUUUGAGGAAAUGUAGGUGACGGAGAUGUAUCCAUUUUUGCAAGCAAAUGCAAACCUAGUUCAUGUCUGUCAUCAGGUACCUUACGACGUGUCCAAGACCAAAUGAACAAUUAAGAUGCAUAUGCUACCAUCUUAAGUAUAUCAGUUCUGCGUCAUGACAUGAAUUCUAAAGAUACAUUGAUUUUUUUCGUAACAACAUGUAUGUCUGUCUUAUUAUUGAUAUCACCUCAGGCAUGUUCUGUUUCAUAUUUACAGGUGGUAAUGCAUUUACUAAUAAACAUAAAUCUGCUUUUCUCCUCCAUUCACUUUACUUGGGAUUAAUUGCACCAUUCACUGAUGACAAUUUGACAUAUUGUAAGAAAUGUUUGGGCUACUUCAGCUUUAUUAUAUACAUGGAUUGUGUAGUUGAGAUGUGGAUGUUGUUGAUGUGAUGUAGUGUUGUAUGAUCAAGCAUGUCUCUGCACUUGGAAGACCUGAUGAUUGUACACACAGAUGAGAGUCCAUCCUUUCUUUCAUGUAACACCUUCCUGUACAAAUUGUAAAGUCUGUACAGCAUGUAAAUAAACAAAAGGCUAAAAUGUCAAUAAAUUAAUUUUAAAGGAU